ACCCGUUCAAAACGAACACUUUAGACUAUUAAGCUAAUAAGCUAGUGUGUAAAGUGAAGGGGGAAAGAUUAUGGGAGGAAUCUUGUGUGUGGUCGACAGUCAUUUUAUACUUUCAUUGAUGGACAGAAGAUAUUAGUGACUGUAAAAAUAUGUUCUCCAUCACGUGACCAUGAUAUGUAACUGCGCAAAUUACAAUGUCAAUAAAUCAUCAUCGUGUGCAGUCUUUAUCAUUUCAAGUGUUUAAAAUUGGUUUAAAAGUAGCGAUACCACACUGCUGGCUGCAACAACCGGUUCAAGCAUCAAAUUUCAAUAAAUAUAUUUCAGUUAUCACCAAUUAAGAACUUUUAAAAAGCAAGCUAGUCAGAGCACAAAAACAAUUUGAACAAAACAAAAUAAACAAGAAAAACAGAUGACGGAAAUUAAAAUGAAACGAAUCGGUUUACGUCUGCUGGUUAUCUCAGCUGUUUCUUUAGCAGUGUUUCUGAGCAUAAGAAAACAGUACAACACAGCUCAGACGAUUCUGCAAGAGAAACUUCUACCAGGACCUGCAAUAGACAAGAUCAAAGAUGAAGAGAUGGUCAGGAGCCUUGCACAAGAGGUAGAAAAAUUGGAUGUUCGCUUUUCUUUGGAAGACAACUCCCAAGGUCAAGGAUUUGGAAGCAGGAACGUUCCGCUCGACGUUGAAGGUCAGAAGAAAGUGUCCUCCCAACAAUACGAAGGCCGCAUAAUCGACGACAACGGCCCAAGCGAAGACAAAGACAUUAGGGACCUCAUAGAAGAAGAAGACAUUGAAGAAGUUUUUUACGACACUGAUGCUAAUCCAACAAAGGAGCCCGAAUCUCUUAUAGACGCUAUUGGGGAAUAUUUGCGAUUACCAGGCCACAAGAACAACAAAGCUAACACAACAGGAGAGUCAGAUGAAGGAUACGACGAAUAUAGAAAAGCUGAAAUCCCAUCAGAGAAUGCAACAGGUUUCUUCAAAGACCUGCAGAUAAUAGACACCGCCCCUGAAAUAGACAACCUAGAUAAUGCCAAUGAUAACGCUGAAACAUUUAUAACCGAAAUGGAAAAGGAAAACGGCGAUGAGCCGGCGGUUGUAAUCUCAGAAAUAACCGUCACGCCAAUAAUGAGCCACGAUGCAGCCGAGACUGUCAGCGAUAUUCCUAUUGCGAAAGAUGUUACCGACGACUUGAUUCAAGAAUACGACGAGUACACGGACAAAGACAAACUUAGUUAUAAGAUUGUCUACCGUGAGUCGCUGAUUCCUUUCGAGCGGACGGUCACCGAAAUUCCACUGCAAGAAAUAACUGAGAACAUAGAACAGCAAGAUAGGGAUGUAAGUCUUUCCGGGAAAUGGACCAAUGCUCCAGGAAUCGAUGAUUCAGUCUUGCGAGUCGAUCAAAGGGUGAAACCGAAACCGACUAGCGGAAGUUCUUCUAUGGAGAUGAAGCUUGUUGGAGAAGGAUAUGAAAAAGUUUCUAAUCAUGACUGGAAGGAUCCUUUAGUGCAACCUAAUGUUAAACUCCAAAUGCUUCUGGAAACUCUUACUCCAGGGGUCCUCAGCGCCAUUCUAAACCAUCAGCUUAGUCCUGUAAUGGCUAAUAACCUGAGAAAUAAAUUAAUGAUGAACUUGGAGAGAGUCUGGAAUGACGGUGCCUUAAAGUCUACGAAAGCUCCAGAACUUCAAAGAGACGAGAUCACGUCUGAAGAAUAUGUUUUGGCAUCACCUGAACCCGAUGCUAAUAACAUGGCGACACUGCGCCCAGCAAUAGGAGAAAAUGGCUUCGAUUCUAUUCUCGAGAGCGAGGUCAACAUCACCGACGACAAUACCGCGCUUCAAAAUGAAACUGAUUCAAUAUUAUUUGAAGCAGACAUGACAUCCUAUGGUGUAACCACAGUCUCUCGGGUUAACUUCUACGACAACCCAAAGCCACUGUCCGAAUCCGAAUACUCCUCGCUGCGAACAAAGUCCAGUGCUUCAUCUAACCAAGAAAGUGUGAGUUCUCCUCCAGAUUACAAUGUCAAAAUUAACAGAGAAAUAGAGUUUGAUUCUUCAAGAAGAUCUGAGGAUUACAGCGCAAACAAAUCCGAAGAACCAAUACUGCCUAAAUGGAUGACUUUCUUACCCCAAAAUGAACAUAUUUCUCAGAAUUCCAAUGGCAAUUUCGAAAAUCACCAUUUGGUCACAAAUCAUGUUUUUAGCAGAUCUUUAUUAGAUGGCCAGAUGGGAAAUACAUUUUCUGAGCUGUCCAAAGUCAAGGCAGAUCCAUUUGAUAGCAAUGACCUCAAAGAAACUUCCAAAAGCAUAUCUGAUGUUGGUGAUCAACAACUUGAUAAAGAUGUUUCCAUUCCUGGAAAUUUUUUCCAUCAUAUAGUGCCAACGGAUGAACCGUUACGAUUCCAACAAUUAAGUGACUCUUGGAAGACAAGUGACCAGCCAUAUCUACAGGAAUUUAACAAUCCUGGACAGCCUGGACAAUCCUACCAGGACAUAUUAAGACAGCAGAAGGUUCAGAUUGACAAGUCAGUGGAUAGUAUGUCCAGCAAUGACAUUUUGACUCCUCUGGAUACAAAAGUCUCCUACAGAGAAGGUAAAGAGGACUGUCCCAGAGAAGUCAAACUGAGUGAAACGUCACAUCCUGUAACGGCGUUAGUGACUUUUCCCGGGGCGGACACGGCAUGGAUUAGAAGGAUUUUGGAGCAGCUCUUUGGUGAAACGACGGACGACUUGUACGAAAUAACAGCGGACCUGAAAUCAGGCAACGCCAGACGCGUGCUCCAGAUGAGCCGGAACAUCGCCAUUCAGACCCACUCUGUCCGGGACAAGAACUUUGAGAGGGCCUUGGUGGUCAUCAGAAAUCCUUACUCUGUGGAAGAACGGCAUCAAGUUUUCAGGCCGGACUUUAUAGAUUGGCAGAAACAAUAUCUCUGGGGCGAUACUUACGUUUCGUGGCUAUCCAGCGAUCUUCCUUUGCAUGUUGUUGUCUACGAGGAUUUGGUCGAGAGUCCACUCACAGAACUUAUUAAGAUUGCAGAUUUCCUUUCUACAACUGACAGGAAGGUCAAUUACAAGUGUGCCAUGGCAGUAGCAGAGAAACCCCCAAACAUGAUCUACGACUUGCGCCAAAUCACUGGAAUCUAUUUCUCUGAGCGGAAGAACAUCAACAACAAUAUUGACAAAGUUUUGCAAGUUGCCCAAACCAAGUUCCCGGAGCUCGUCGACCGCCUCGAUAGUUAUAAAGUCUAGUUACCGAGCAAUACGUUUGUUUUUCAUCACGAAUCCUAAAGAAAAAGCCAGAAAAUGUUUUUUUUAAAAAGUAUUUUAAUGAAGAGAUAUAAUAUUUAAGAUUUGUAUUAAAACAAGAAGAUAUGUAAAAAAAAAAAAAAAAAAAAAAUUCCAUGAAAUUAGAUUGUAUUAAAUUUUUAUUUUUUCAAGCUACUGACACCAAUUGUUAUUCAUUUAUGUAAGAUAUGUCAUUAUUUCAUUAAGACAUUCUCACUAUGUUAAUAUAACAUUGUAUGUCUCACUAUCGUUUUUCAUUAAAACAUUUAUGUAAGGAAUUUGAUGCAUUUGUAUUGUAGCAAUAAAAGGAAAAGUAAUAAAAAUAUCAAUGUAA